AUGGCGAAAGGACUCGGGCACCCUGAGUUUCAAGCGUUCAGACCGUAUGAUUUCAAAGCCGCAAAUGAGGACUAUAUGGAAAAUGUCUUCUCGAAGCCAAAUAUGAUAGUGGGAGCGAAAUCUCGUGUUGGUAUCAUCACAUGUUGCGAUGCCCGAUGCAGUCCAGAUCAGUUUUUCAAGAUGGGCGAGAAUGAGGCCUUUGUCAUUCGGAAUGGAGGUGGCAGAACUGCGACCAUGGACGUUCUUCGGACAAUUGCCAGUAUUGAAGUCUUGAGUGACAUCAAAGAGUUGAAGGUUAUUCAUCACACGGAUUGCGGUGCUUUAGCAUGCUCCGACGACUUUAUCCGAUCCAUGAUAACGAACAACGACCCAACCAUGAAAGAUGGACCAUUCCUGCAGGGAUCCAAACAAUGGGCCGAGGCUUUGACCUACUAUGCAUUUUCGUGGAAAGAGGGUGAGACAGAAAGAGAAGUGUUGGAGAGAAGUGUCGUCGAGGAUGUCCAGUUUUUGAGAAGCCACCCCUUGAUCAAGCCGUCAAUUCCGAUCACCGGUUGGAUCUUCAACCAAGACAACGGGGCUGUGGAAGAGGUGGACUGCGGGCUGCAAGGUGGGCGAGAUCCUCGCCAGAUUGAAUUGCUCAAGGAGCAGCUUUCCAAGACUUUGAACGGAGAGAUGAAGGGGAUCAUUGAGAAGAUCGGCAAGACUGCCCACUGA